CGUUCUGGGGCGAUAGGCGCGCGGAGCUCGCGAGCCGGGAGCGGACGAGCGCGCGGCCCCUGCGCAGUCGGCCGCGGCUUGCGCGCGUCGCCGGCCCAGCUGCAUUCUCGCCCCCGCUGCUCCUGAGCCGCGUCUUGCGCGAGCCGCCGCUGAGCAGCUGGAGGACGCGCUGCCCUCAGCUCUCCGCACCGGCGCCCCUUUCCCACCGCAACAGGUCAGGGGAAGGCGGAGGGGGCGAAGGCGUACGACCCCGAGACGGGAGGACGACGGGUCUAGAAGAUGAAUACAUUUGUCACUUUCCACUGACUGACAGCAAUGGCGUUUACUGAAAGAGUCAAGAGCAGUGGCAACAGCUUAUACAAUGAAGACAGAAACCUGCUUCGAAUUAGAGAGAAGGAAAGACGCAACCAGGAAGCUCACCAAGAGAAAGAGGCAUUUCCUGAAAAGAUUCCCCUUUUUGGAGAGCCCUACAAGACAGAAAAAGGUGAUGAGCUAUCCAGUCGAAUACAGAACAUGCUGGGAAACUACGAAGAAGUAAAGGAGUUGCUUACUACCAAGUCCUACACUCAUUGCUUGGAUGCUUCCGAAAAUAGGUUGGGAAAGCCGAGAUAUCCUUUUUUUCCUGAGAAAGGGAGCAGCAUUCCAUCUCACUCCUUCAACACUAGCGUUCAUCACCAGCCUGUUAGCACUCCUGCCUCUGGACCACUGCCUGUUGGUAACAUUAGCCACAAUCCAAAGAUGGCACAGCCAAGAAUGGAACCAAUGUCAAGUCUCCAUGUCAAAAGCUAUGGUCCCCCGGACAGCCAGCACCUGACCCAAGAUCGCCUUGGUCAGGAGGGCUAUAGGUCUGGUCAUCACAAAAAUGGUGACCGCAGAGCUGAUGGAGACCACUCUGCUUCAGUGACAGACUUAGCUCCAGAGAGGGAGCUUUGUCCUUUACUCUCUUUACCUUCCCCAGUACCCCCUUUGUCACCUAUACAUUCCAACCAGCAGACUCUUCCCAGGAUGCAAGGAAGCAGCCAUGUUCACAGCAGUAAUAAUAAUAGUAAAGGCUACUGCCCAGCCAAGUCUCCCAAGGACCUGCCGGUAAAGGUCCGUGAUAAAGAGAUCCCUCAGGACAGUUUGGUGGCAGUCGCUAGCCUUGGGGUAGCCCCUCCCCAGCCACCUUCUCAGACUUUCCCCCCACCCUCCCUUCCCUCAAAAAGCACUGCAAUGCAGCAGAAGCCCACGGCUUAUGUCCGGCCCAUGGACGGUCAAGAUCAGGCUCCUAGUGAGUCUCCGGAACUGAAACCACUGCCGGAGGAGUACCGGCAACAGACCUUUGAAAAAACCGACUUAAAAGUGCCUGCCAAAGCCAAGCUCACCAAACUGAAAAUGCCUUCUCAGUCAGUUGAGCAGACCUUCACCAAUGAAGUCCAUUGUGUUGAAGAGAUUCUGAAGGAAAUGACCCAUUCAUGGCCUCCUCCUUUGACAGCAAUACAUACGCCUAGUACAGCUGAGCCCUCCAAAUUUCCUUUUCCCACAAAGGAUUCUCAGCACAUCAGUUCUGCAACACAAAACCAAAAACAGUAUGAUACGUCUUCAAAAACCCACCCUGAUUCACAGCAGGGAACAUCCAUGCUUGAAGAUGACCUUCAGCUCAGUGACAGUGAGGACAGUGAGAGCGAACAAACCCCAGAGAAGCCUCUUUCUGCAUCUGCACCUCCAAAAAGCGCUCCGCAGUCACUUCCAGAAGCCGUGGCCUCAGCACAUUCCAGUGGUGCGGAGUCAGAGAGCACCAGUGACUCAGACAGCUCCUCGGACUCCGAGAGCGAGAGCAGCUCAAGUGACAGUGAAGAGAACGAGCCCCGUGAAACUCCGGCUCCUGAGCCCGAGCCUCCUACAACAAACAAAUGGCAGCUGGACAACUGGCUGACCAAAGUCAGCCAGCCGGCCGCCCCACCAGAGGCCCUGGGGAGCGUAGAGCCUCCGCCUCGGCACCCAGCCGGGAAGGGCAAGGGCAGCGACAGUGGCACCACUAGUCACGAGCAAUUAGAAUCCAAAGAUCCUCCCUCCAAAAGUUCAAGCAAAUCCCCCAGGGUCCCUCCCGAAGGCCCCCAGCCUGGCAAGAGGAGCUGUCAAAAGUCCCCUGCCCAACAGGAGCCACUGCAGAGGCAAACCAUUGGAACCAAACAGCCCAAAAAACCUGUCAAGGCCUCUGCCCCGGCAGACUCUCGGGCCAGCUUGCAAGUGGAGAGCGAGCCGGGACUUACUCCGCACAGCUCCAAGGACCAGCCUUCCAAAGACAAGCCCAAGGUGAAGACGAAAGGGAGGCCCCGUGCUGGAGGCAGCAGAGAGCCCAAGCCAGCGGCGCCCACGCCCAGCGAGAGGAAGAAGCACAGGGGCGGGCCCCCGGCCCCCUCGAAGGCACUCUCAGGCCCAGAGCCCACGAAGGACAAUGUGGAGGACAAGAGCCCUGAGCACUUUGCCCUCGUUCCCCUGACUCAGAGCCAGGGCCCCCUGCACGGUGGUGGCAGUGGUGGCAGGACUAGUGGCUGUCGCCGCGCUGUGGUAGUGCAGGACCGCCGGAAGGACAAACUCCCGGUGCCUUUGAGAGACACCAAGCUGCUCUCCCCGCUCAGGGACACGCCUCCCCCGCAAAGCUUGAUGGUGAAGAUAACCCUCGACCUCCUCUCCUGGGUACCCCAGCCACCUGGGAAGGGGAGCCGCCAAAAGAAAACUGAAGACAAACAGCCACCGGCAGGGAAGAAGCUGGAUUCUGAGAAGAGAAGCUCAGACAACUCGAGCAAGUUGGCCAAAAAGAGAAAGGGUGAAGCAGAAAGAGACCAUGAUAGCAAGAAAGUCAGACUGGAGAAAGAAAUCAAAUCACAAUCUUCAUCUUCAUCCUCUCACAAGGAAUCUUCUAAAACAAAACCACCUAGGCCCUCCUCUGAGCCCUCAAAGAAGGACAUGCUUCCCCCUACACUUGUGUCAUCCUCAUCCUCAUCCUCCCAGAAGCCAGCCAAGCCUGCACAGAAGAGGCCACGACGGGAAGCACACCCUUGUGGCCAGGACCCUCCCAAAAGUGCCAGUAGUACCAAGGGCAGCCAUAAGGACUCUCCCGUCCCCAAGCGCAGAAAAGCAGAGGGGAAGAGUUCUGGAAGCUCUACAGAACACAAAGGAUCUUCUGGAGACACUGCAAAUCCUUUUCCUGUGCCUUCUUUGCCAAAUGGUAACUCUAAACCAGGGAAGCCUCAAGCAAAGUUUGACAAACAAGCAGAGCUUCACAUGAAGGAGGCGAAAAAGUUGAAGCAAAAAGCAGAGUUAAUGACAGACAAGGUUGGGAAGGCUUUUAAGUACUUGGAAGCCGCCUUGUCCUUCAUUGAGUGUGGGAUUUCCAUGGAGUUGGAAAGCCCAGCGUCCAAGUCAGCCUACUCACUAUACUCUGAAACUGAAGACCUCAUUAAGUUCAUAAUGUCAUUGAAAUCCUUCUCAGAUGCCACAGCACCAACACAAGAGAAAAUAUUUGCUGUUUUAUGCAUGCGUUGCCAGUCCAUUUUGAACAUGGCGAUGUUUCGUUGUAAAAAAGACAGAGCAAUAAGGUAUUCUCGUACUCUUAAUGAGCACUUCCAGAGUUCUUCCAGAGUUGCCCAGACACCUUCUCCAUGCAUUGCAAGAAGCACAGGCACACCAUCCCCCCUCUCUCCAGUGCCUUCUGCCAGCUCCGUAGGGUCCCAGUCAAGCGCUGGCAGCGUGGGCAGCGGGGGCAUGCCUGCCGCCAUCCAAAACAUGACGUCUUCCUAUAUCACCGUUACUUCCCACAUCCUUACCGCCUUUGAUCUUUGGGAACAGGCUGAGGUCCUUACAAGGAAGAAUAAAGAGUUUUUUGCUCAGCUCAGCACAAGUGUGUGCACCUUGGCCCUCAACAGCAGUUUGACGGAUCUGGUGCACUACACAAGACAGGGCUUUCAAUGGCUAAAACAAGGAACCAAAAUACCUUAACAAAGCCCCAAGUUGAUUUCAUGUCUUGGGAACUUUUUUGCACAUUGGAAGCCUGAGAAACAGUCCAGACAUUUGUCUUAUCAGGACACGAAACUUGAGAAGAGAAGCACCAUGAGAUGGCCAGGACAUUUGUCCACUUAAACUCUCAAGAACUGUGUGAUCAUUGGUUACGCAGGAUGGUUAUGCAGACGCAGAAACGAGGAGGCUGGCUUCAGAGAUGAUCUUGCCUUUCCUAACUAAAGGACGGAGUGCAAUGUAGCCUAAGAGGGGCAUAUGAUGGUCUAGAAACAUUUCUGUAUUUUUUAACCAGCAGGAUGCAAGUCGCAAAUGAAAUGAGGGAAAACAGUUUCAGCUCUGAAAGCAAAUUCACGUCAUCUCAGUAGCCACGCUAGUCCAUUCCCAAAAGGAAAUAUUUUUAACAAUGAAUUUUGGUGUAGGGUUUUGUGGAUGAUUUUUUCUUUCUUUUAAGUUUUUUGGGGAAAUAUUCGUUUGGUAAAUUCUAACAGUCAUCUGUAAAACAUAAAUUGUAAAAGACUCCACUGUACCCCACUCUCUGCCAUUUGAACAGUGGCUUUGAUAAUACCAAGUAUUGUCAUAAUUUAUAGAAUUGAAGGCAGCCACCCACGCCCCGCCCCGUGCCUGGAGUGCUGCACGUUCACCCCAGCUCUGGCUUCUUCAUUACUGUGCUGAAAGUCGGCCCAAGUCGGAACAGCGGAAAGAGGAGCUCAGCACACGGGGAAGCCACGGGGGACGUGGCGCUGCCGUUCCCACCCCCUGCCUCAGCAAAAGGCAUUUGCCAUCAACUGAAUUUUCUACCUUGGGGAAGAAGGGAAUCAACGUUUAUACGUGACCAGUUGGCUAAAGGGCUUUUUAAUUUUUGUUUAAGUAGAGCUGGAAUUUGAGGUGCUGAUCUGUGGUCUACAGUUAUGUGGUAAUCCAUGUUGUCUAACCAACUCAGAGUUUGUCAGCGAACAAAGAAAAAUUAAAUCUACUUCUUAGAGAGGCUAUAUUUUUCUGCUACAAAUUAUUUUAUAUUUAUAGCGAAACUAGACUUUUCAGAGCCCUUGAUUGUCUAGGGGAAAUUAACUUCCAGAGAGGAUGUGGAGAUUUGGGGUGGUGAAUUAGAUUAAAAAAAAAAAAAAAUCAUCACCACAUGCCUUUACUCCAGAGUGUUCUCAAUCAAUUAGAUUUGACAGAUUGAAGAGGAACCGUGGCCUUCCUAUAAGUUGUUAUUGCCAUGUUAUAUACAUUAAACCAAGUUUGUUUUGAAUGAGCUAAAAUGAAAGAACACAUCAGAAUUCCUACAUAUCAUAAGCACAGAUUUUCUUUUUCAUUGAUACUUUGAAGUUAUUAUCGGAAGCAUUAUUUCGAGUGCAGUGUUUUUAAAAGCCAAUUCUUUUUACCCCUUUUAGAAGUAGAGUUUGCACAUGUAAUAAAAUUGAGGAGUAUUAUCUCGACAAUUGGAUUAUUUUUCUUCUUCUUUCAUCCCCUACUGCCCCUCUAACAUGUUUCCUACCAAGCAUGUUUGACAUUUUCCUAUUUACUUACUAGCGAAGAAGGGAUUACCAUCUUUAUUUAUAAUGAAGAAGUCUGAGGUCCAUGUGAUGAAUGUAAGAACUUUCUUAGUAAUUUGGCAAAUAUAUAAAGGGAUAUGUUGAA